AUGACACUAAGUGACCACAACCUGAUCACAUUCACUGUAGCCUAUGAUGGGGAGCCUCUUCCUCAAGACCAGGUGAACGGCAUCGUCAGGUUCAACUGGCGUAAGGCUGAUUGGGAUCGACUAAGAGGAAAUCUAGUGGUACCGAAUUGGCCAAUGGAUCGCGUUGUGGACGUAGAUCAAGCUGCAGAAGAUCUAACGGCAGCUAUACGGACAGCGGCAAUGGGUGCAGUCCCGUUGGCCCGCACAGGGAAAACGCCAAAAACACCUUUGAACCCUGAGCUGCAGCGUCUCAGACGCGAAUGCCGAAGAGCGCGGCGGCACUACCAGCGCAGCAUUGGCGAUCACUUGCGUGAGGCCACGCUUGUGCGGUACAGGAGGGCCAAGGCGGUGUUUAAGCGGACCCUGCACAAGGUACGGACUGAGAGUUGGCAAUCUUUCGUUCGUGACAGUCUGGCGGCUGACCCCUGGUCUACGCCGUACAAGAUUGCGGCGUCGAAAGUUCGGUCACCGACGGUCCUGUCGACCCUAAGGAAGAUCGAUGGCAGUCACACCAGGGACUGGCAAGAGUCAGCUGAGCUCCUCAUGAGUACCUUAUUGCCCGAUGACAGUAGCGAAGAUGAGAAUGAGGAACAGGGGAAUCUGAGGCGACAGCUCCAUGAGGUGUAUGCUGAGGAGACGCCUGUUGCUCCAUUCACUGAACGUGAAGUUACCGAUGCAAUUCUUGAAUUGCGCCGUAAAAAGGCGACGGGCCAUGAUGGACUCGCUGCUGAGGUUCUCCAAGGCGACGGGCCAUGA